AUGCAUAUAGUUGUGAAUAGAUGCAAUCAACUAUAUAUAACUAAAAUCGAAGAAGUUGAAUUAAAAAACACUUUUAAUUCAAAUAUUAAUAUUGAUAUACAAAUAUCUGAAAUUGAAGAACCUAAUACUAAAAGCUCAGAUCAUUAUACUUCUAAUGUCUGGCAUUAUGUGAAUAAAAAUGAUUCUAAAUGUUGUUAUUGUUUAAUAUAUAAAUUUAUAUUUUUACCAAAAACUAGUAUAUCAAGUAUAUGA